GCUUUCAUGGGGGAGGCAUCUACUCGGACGGCGUCUCGCUCACGCUCUCCCAACCCACCUUCAAGCGAAACCAGGCCGUCAGCCCUUUCGGUGCCCGCUGCGGCCUCGGCGGCGCUGUGUUCACCAUCCCUGGGCGCCGCAGCCAGGUGUCUCUCCGCUUCUGCAAGGCUUUCUUUCUGCGCAACAUAGGCUGCAUUCAUAAAGUAGCCGACCUGGCCCUAGAGGUGCCUUCGCGCGACUCGGAAUUUUCGGGGACAUUGAUGUUCUGUGGUGGGGUGAAGACACUUGGGUACUCCGUGCCUGAAGGGUGGAAGGAGACGAGAAAUUGCACAGCCAG